AUGAAGAUUGUUAUAUGCUUACUUUUUCAAAUUAUUGUUUGUGUCUGGUCAACGAAUAAUACAUCAGAUGUGACCUUUGAAGAAGCAACAGUGAUACGCAACUUGGACGGAAUUGGUUUGGUCACAAGGAUUACGGCACAGGGCUUUCAGUACGCGGCCCAAGUUGGUGCUGACACUUUGUACAAAAAAUUGGAGGAACUGACCGAUAUUCCUGACCUCUCGACUCAACAGAAUGGAGUCAACAUCACAUUAGGCAAUCUCUCCAUUGUCGACUUUUCCCGGCCAAUAGGACACGCAGAACUUAUUCCCGAUCAUGGAAUUCGAUGGAUUCUUCUUAUAAAUGAAGCCGUGGUCUAUGGAUUUUGGAGAUACGCUACAACAGGCUGGUUUUCACUGCAGGACGAAGGAAACUUUCAAGUCACUCUAUCGGAAACCACUCUGAAUAUAACAGCAGAAAUCACGCGAAAUAAAAAGGGUGGUCUUGCAAUUGCCGUAUCCGACUGUGAAAGUGAAAUCAACUUCGAGAUGAAUCUGGGGAGUUGGAUAUACAACAUGGUUGCCUCUUUAGCGAAACCUUUCCUCGGCCAAACUUUAGAAGACAAGUUGUGCGAAAUAGCAACAGAAGUAAUCCGAGUAGACGCCAUGUCUGGAUUAAACAGCCUUCCAGGUAAAACAAAAGAAAAGGCAACAUCUGCAUCUUUCUGUUUUUUUCCUUUUUUAAAUUUUUGA